AUGCAGACGAUAUCCAUCACCGCGCUCUCGCCUGGAGAGUCUCCGCUGAAGGACAGGGCUAUUCGCGCCGUCGUCUCGCUUUUCUGGCCGUACAGCUCCUCCACGAAGCAAUGUGCACUUCUUCUUGCAGACCCAGACUUCCGCCUCAGAAGUAGGAAGGGACAAGUACGCGUGCGAUUCACGGGACCAAGCGCUGGUGCUGUCGCCAAAGCCAAAAUUGGUAUUGGUGAUGAGCUCAUUUUGGAACUCAGAGGCGCGUCCUGGGCUGGAGAGACAGGAACAGUGGUGACUCCGGGCAAGAGUGUUGACGGCGAGCUUGUGUAUACAGGCGAGUUGGGGGUGAAGGUGGUCAAGAAGGCAAACGGCGAAGAGGUAGAUACCACGAUUGCGGUCCAUGAGGGUACGCCUCCGCCUGAAGAGCCAGAACACGACGAAAAUCGUGGUCGACAGAGUGGACAAGCUUUUGGGACACCCGUCCGCGCGGUGCCGUUGUAUAUGCGCAGCAGCAGCAUAAAUGGAGUGGAUGUAGUUCCUAUCUACUCGAGCCCGGCGUUCGUGAAGAGAUCGAGAUUGUCCGGCGAGAAGUUUUCCUGGGAUCUCUUUGCGGACGCCGAGCUUGAACUCGAAGAGCAGCCCAGAAAGAAGCAGAGAAUCUCUUUUGGCAAUGUCGCGAGCUGGAAGGUUGCGGAGAGGACGCCAAGCCCUGAGAAGAUUCCAUCUGAGGUUGAGGAUGGAGUUGCCGCCGAUUUGGACUCGCGUCUGAAUGGAACAGCGCAAGCUAUUGCAAUCGGCCCAGCUACAUCGCCCUCAAGGCCGCAUACAUCCCCAACUACCAACGAGGCUCAACCUCAAGGUGGCAUGCCUCCGCCUUCUCUAGCACGUCUGCAAAUGCCAAACGAGUCGCAGGUACAAGCUCAUCAAACGACAAGUGAUGGCGAAGGCCCGUAUACCCCGAAGUUGCAGCCGAUACCCUCUUCGGCGCUACCUUUACCGUCGCCGUUUCCGGUGGAACCUACACAAUCGCAGUAUCAUGUCACGGAGACGAGCCGCAGAGCUCCGGCCUCGACUCUUGAAGUUGAAGAAACCUCUGAGAACUUUGUUGAAGUUCCUGUCAGUGGCAGAGAUGCAGAGGUAAUAGAGCGGAGCGGUCACGCGCCAAUGGUCUCGUCACAGAGCGACGCCAUGUCUUCGAUUACAGAAAACGAUCACACUACAAUGACAGCCACGAUGCAAAGGCAACGACGGGCAGCGACACCGCUCACGGAAAGCCUUGCAUCUACUACGGAAGCCGUCAGAGAAGAAUUAGAAGAGCACGUGGAAGUCGUGCGGCGAGAACGUAUCAUUAGAGCACAGGAUGUCGAUGGCCACUACAGCGAACAUCUCACUCAGGAACAGGCUGAUGCAAUGGGCUCCGAUACCGAAGAGGACGAAGAAAUGUAUUACGAGCACAUGAGACGAAGGUUUCCAAUGCAUGAUGAAGAAGGACGAGUCCGCGUUGAUCACCAAGAAGAAGGCUACGAUGACGACUUGUCAGAAAUCAACGAAGACGACGUAGAGGAGAUCGUGGAGGACAUGGGAGAGCCACCAGCGGACGACGAUGACGAUUCAGAUCAAGAAGAGGAUCGGGCAGAGGCAGAAGUCGUCGAAGCUUUUGAAAUAGUAGACUCGGGUGACGAAACAGGUGAUGAGGGCGUUGCGAAUGGUGAAGAGAGUGCAAAAUCAGAGGAGAUGGCGAUCGAGCGCUCGCAGCUAGCGGCUUCGAGCCUAGAGGCAGAGCCUCAGGAGAUUAUUGAACCCAUCGACAAUGAAAGCCACGCCAGCCAAGCCGUUCAAACCGGAGCGAAGAUGGUGCCGGAGCAAUUUGCCGCGCAGUGGCCGAAGGAAGGAGGUAUGGGCAGUAAAGACGCCGAUGAAGCCGUGAGCAGCGCCGCGACGAAGCAAUCCAUUCUGCCACCGCCCAAAACACCUGCCAGAUUUUCAGGCCCUCCCGCCGGUCUCUUCGGCUUUGACGGUACCUCAGACGCAUCACUGCUGAAGUCAACGCCACGUUCAGACAAGGACAGAAUCAUGGCCAAAACGUACAGCAGUCUCUUUGGUUUCAAGCCUUCGCCUUCUCCCGAGCAACCUGGGCAGAUGCCAUCAGUUGAGACGCCUACACCAGCGUCCACCGACAUUCCGUCAGCGUCUUCUCUCUCACAGAUAGCGCGGGAGAGGAUGCAAGCCGCAUCUGUCGCUCAGAUGGAGACUUCUGGAGAGCAGACAAAGGUUGUGGAGACUCCAACGGGCAGCGCCCCAUCACAUAACAUCACAGACGAUGCAUCGGCACGCGAGGGUUCCAGCGCAAGUCCUGCUGGUCGAGAUCCGCAAGAUGAUAAUGAUGGACAGCAGGAAGCCGCCGAUGCGACCGCGGCCACGGGUAGUACUUUUGACGUUGCCGAUAUUCAGGACGGUUCCCUCCUGCAUGCGAUUCGGCAAGACGCGAUCGCAAUGUCAGGAAAAAAGGACGAUGCGUAUCAGACUGGAGAGCAAAACUUGUCAGUCGAGUAUGGUGCAGAUGUCCAAAUGGAAGAGGCGCCAGGCUCAGACGAUCCUCUUCAUGCCGCUGAUCCCGUCCCUGAUGGUGUUACAGUAAACAAAGAUCUGGGUGCGGCCAUUGCACCUGAACAGCCACGCCACGGCGCUGAACCUCCUCGCAGCAGUGCUCCAUUAUCGUCACAAAGGGUCGAAGUCAUCGAUCUUGGCUCAAGCGACGAUGAACGAGACGAAGUUGAGCAGAUUCAACAGCCUCAAGGAGCCGUGGAGGGGCCCGCUACCACUCGAUCUGGUCUCGAAAAUCAGCAAGAGGAUUUUGCGGGCCACUCAGACUUUUCACAGUUUGCGCAGCCACGACAAUCUACGGAGGCCCUGACUUCGCAAGGAAGUGCUUUGCAGUCUGACAUGAUGGACACGACGCAGACUACUGUCGACCGUUCUGAAGUCAUGACACCAAUUGCGCAUGACGAGGAUUACACGAUUCCAGAGACAGUACCUGAUGAGUCUCUCCCUUGGGUGGGCCCAGGGCAACAGAGCUUCUUUACUGAACAACUCCAAACCCAACAGGAGCUUGCUGAGGUGCCAGGUAUACCCUUGACACGGCAGACGAAUAACACAAUUGGAGACCACCAUUACUUCUCGUUCCAGAGUGCGACAUCUGUAGCCACGGACAACAGUGAGCAUGAAUUGCCGCCAACUGCCGCCGCCUCGUUUUCAAGGGAUGAAGAGGAGCAAGAGGCUGCUGCACAAGUUGACCGGCCUUCUGUAUCUCCGUCUCGGCAGGAAGGCAGGGGUAUUUCGCACCAAACAGUAGAGCCCGCUGUCGCCGCUGCGACGCAGACACGUGCUGGACAAGUAUUGGCAUCGUCUCCAGGUCCAAAAGAUUCAGAGGAUGCCGAGGAGAGUCGAGCUUUGCAACAAGCCGCUUACGAUCUUGAACGACCUGAAGUUGACAUGGGUCAGAGUGAGGUCGAGAUGUCUGCUACAGGCUCCUUUUCUCAGUUCGCGCAACGUUCUGAGGAUAUCGCUAUCGCUUCAAGCCCUGGUGACAGCGCUGCCACUCAUCCUAAGGAGACACAACAUUCAGUCACAACUGGCUUCACGGACGGUGCGGCCAAUGUCAAGGCCGCGAAACCUGAGACCGUUGUCGAAGUGGACGUGCCGGAAUUGCGGGAUACCCAGCCAUCACGACGGCCUCAACUGACUUCUCACGUGCAAUCCGCGUACUCGUCCAUGCCUCUAAGCCCAGAAUCGUCGCAACACCGACUGGAGUCUCAACCAUUCGAAACCCAGUCGCAGCCACGCAACGCUCUGCCUCCAACUCCUCGGCGCACCCAGGGCGACUCGCUGACGGAAAGUGAAUUGAAAGCCGUCAUUGACUCAGUCGAGGAACAGGCCCCAGCAGUGGCGGCUACUACACCGAGACGCUCACGCAGGAAUCGAGACACGGCAAAUGAGGUCAAUCAGCAGAGCCACCUAGCAAGUACGCCAGUGAGGCGAUCGCGUCGGAAGGAAACCCAAGAGUCACAGGAGCCCCAUCCUGUCGACGAGGCGUCGACACCACCUCAUACGCGGAGUCAAGGCACUAUUCCAGACGAAACUGGGCUCGACCCUGAGAGAAAGAUUUCGGCUCGUAAAUCGCCUGAGAAGUCGCGAGCUAAGACAGAGACCUCUGGAGAGGUUGAGCAAAGCUCGCAGGCUCCGCGAACGCGGCAGGCAACCGAGGCGGCAACCCCUGAACCCAAGAUCGAUCGAACUUUGCUCAAUCCUGAGAGGAAGACACCAGUGCGACGUUCGCCAAGGAAGACAAGGACUGAAAGUGAGGCCACUGCUACCAUAGCCAGUCCAGAAGCCGCCAAGAACGUGCAGACUGAGCCAUCAAAGGACGCAGAGAUGGCUGAUGACUCAACUGAAUUAUCCGCGAAGAAGUCUACUCGAAAGUCAUUUCGACUUGGAACUGUUCCAGAAGUGAUCUCGAGUUGGUUUUCUCCUAAGCGAUCUUCACGGGCGCAACAUGAAGAGACAGUGGUCGAAGCAGAACUCGGUGAGCCGGAACGGACGGCGAUACGCAGGCACAGGAGGAGCCACGGCAUCAGGACCGACCUGGCUUAUUUUAUGCCGCUUUCUAAUCUCGAUGAGAAGCUGAAUUCUUCUGAAUACGUCGAUGUGCUUGCAGUUGUAGCAGACGAGACCAAAGAGCCUGAGCGUGCCAAAGGCGGCCAGCGCGACCAUUACACCAUUCUUCACGUCACGGAUCCCAGCCUGGAGAAGGACGAGUCAAUCAGGGUGGAAAUCUACCGUCCAUGGCUCGCGAAUCUGCCGUUCGCACGAGUUGGGGACGUGAUCCUCCUUCGCGCCUUUACCGUCAAGUCUCGCAAGCGACAGACAUACCUAUUCUCAUCCGAAGGCUCCGCGUGGUGCGUAUGGCGUUACGCAGAUCCCGAGGCCGAUGAUGACAGUGCGAGACCCGCUUGGGCUCGUAGGAAGCGCGCUGUCAGCUUUUCGGGCAUGAAGGAGGAAGUGAAGGGCCCGCCUGUCGAGCUAGGGGACGAAGAGCGAGCUCAUGCAGCAGAACUGCGUUCGUGGUGGCGGAAGACCGGUUCUCCGGACGUAGUUCCUUCCGCGUCGGCGCCCGCUGAGAAGAGACUCAGGAGUGAGAAGCUAUGA